AUGUACAUACACACGAUGAUUCUACUGGGUGUUGUGUGGUUUAGUCCACCACUUCUUGUGAUCCUUGCCUCACCAACCCCUGCUUCAAAUGAUGAGAGAGGCCCCUGUCAAAUCUACAACUCUGGUCGCUCCGCAAACUGCCUUGGUCAGCGACUGGAUCAUGUUCCAUGGAAGCACCUCCCUUCCACGCUUGAAAGGAUAGAUCUCUCCUACAACGAACUUCAUACCGUUCAUGUUAAUUACUUUUCUCGCCUACCUCAUCUUCGUGUCCUCGAGCUGCAGUUCAACAACAUCUCUGUGAUUGAGGACCGUGCCUUCCACAACAACCCCCUCCUGGAGCAUCUUAACAUCUUUAACAACUCCCUAGAGGAAAUCCCUGCCAACGCCUUGCAGGACCUCUUUAAUCUAAGGGAACUCCUUAUGUCGAAUAACCUUUACACCCAGGCUACAUUGUCAGCUGAUGUUUUCUCCAGAUUGACCCACCUUAAGGCCCUGUCCAUGGGCGGCCCCUUGGUCAAGGGUCUAAGGAAAGGGGACUUCCAGGCAUUGAGGAACAUUCAGUUGCAGGACUUUGCCAUUAAAACUUCAUCAAAUAUCAGUUACUAUGAACCGGGUAGUCUGAAGGUAAUCCAGACAGAUAGAAUGGGUUUUGACAUGGCCAUAGAUCAGAAGCCGAAUUUCCUACCUUUGAUUCUACGAGACUUGGCCAACAAGACUUUCAGUCUCAUCCAAUUCAGGAACCUCUUUGAGUUCAUGUAUUACUUGGGAGAUGAGGAUAUUUUCAGAGGCUUGCAAGACAUCAAAGUAGAUUCGCUCAUCUUUCACCGUGGAAAAUUCAAUGAGAACCUGAUGAGGAUGGCUCUGUUUAAUCUACAGGCCACCCCCCUUAAACGUCUGACACUUCAAUACAUUGACUUUGCUCGCUCCCCCAACUUUGUGGAUAAUGGCUUGGGAUCCAGUAUCAAAGACCUUGCUCUGAGUAGACUAAAUCUGUGGUAAGCAUAUCUUAUUCUACUAUUCUAUUACAAAAGCACUAUGCAGACAUUUCUACCCAGAAGUUGCAAAAACAAAUACAGGUUCAAGUGUAUUUUUUCAUCAAUUGAAAUCUGUUUCUGUAUCUAUGUAGUGUGAAAGUACCAAUUAUGUUAUCAUCUUGACCACAUGU